UUUUUGCGGAGUGUCUGCCCAGUUUGCUGACGUCGCCGCUGGAGCUGCCCUGUCACGCGCUGUUAGUAAAAGUUGGGAUUGAAGCUCGAGACGGAGAAAGAGAGGCGAUACCCUAAUCACCCUGUCAUCGUCAUCAUCGAAGAAACACACCAUCAAAAAGAACUGAGAAAAAAAAACAACAACAGCAUUACCACAAGUAAAAACCGACACAGAAAAAGAAAAACUACAGACCGGCAUUCAUUACAUUAAUAUUAAUAAUAAUAAUUAAAAAGAAAAAAAGUCUUGGAACAGAAGCACUCCCGGGAUCAAGAUAUAUAUAUAUAUUAGAGUAGACUGGCUUCGCGUCCACGAAACUACAUGUACUAAGAGAAAUUUACAGCCACAACUGUCUGUUUAAAUGUUGUGAGGCGAGGACUGGUUUAAAAAAAGCCGGCGUUGACAGUGAGUCGCUUAACCGAUGAGUACUGCAAAUUGCAGCGGCAAUGACGAGCUUGACUUCAGACUAAUGUUCGGGGAGGCUGGGCAGCAGCCACCGCUAGGCCCCGCAGAUCUAGAACCAGAUGACUGUGCAUCAUUUUACAUCUUUAACGGUGACCAGUCUCAGUCUGUUGUCCACCAGCCCAUAGGCAUCUCUCGCCAUGGAUUGCAGUCACACUCUCCCAUCAUUUCACCUCCACCACGGCUACAGGCACAGAAGAACUAUGAGGGGUCUUGUGAUAUCCAAGAAUCCAGAUACAGUCCAAUGGGUGGUCCCAAAGCCUUUGAGUGCCCUAGUAUUCAGAUAACCUCCAUCUCCCCAAAUUGUCACCAGGGAAUAGAGGCAAACGAUGGCGAGCUACAAGCAGAUGGUGCAGAUAAAGAUUACCAUGAAAGACCUUUAUCAAGGGACCACCUUUAUCUUCCUCUUGAUCAUUCUUACAGGGAUUCCUCCUUAAGUCCUAGUCCCGCUAGCAGUAUUUCUUCCAGGAGCUGGUUCUCGGACGCUUCCUCAUGCGAGUCAUUCUCUCACGUGUACGAUGACGUAGACUCUGAGCUCAAUGAAGCUGCUGCCAGGUUUAAUAUCGGGUCUCCCUUGGCCUCUCCGGGUGGAUCACCAAGGGGCUGCGUGGGAGACGAGUCCUGGCAGCCAACCUACGGGUUUGGUCAUUCUUUGUCUCCCAUGCAAUCUCCAGGCCAUUCGCCUAGAACCAGUAUCACUGAUGAAAACUGGUUGAGCCCUAGGCCACCUUCAAGACCUUCCUCAAGGCCAACUUCCCCCUGUGGCAAAAGGCGGCACUCAAGUGCCGACAUCUGCUACCCCGGCUCUCUCUCUCCCCACCACUCCCCGAGUCCCUCCCCAGGACACUCGCCCAGAGGCAGUGUGACAGAAGAUACUUGGAUAAGCAAUACAGCUCUUCACAGUGGACAGAGCCAUAACCCUGGGAUAGCGCCAUUUCAGUGCUGCCCUUCUGAGGCAGACAUCCCCUCCAAAACCAGGAAGACCUCUCAGGACCAGACUCCCACACUGUCCGGGAAAGUGGAGCAAUGUCUGGAUGAUCCUGGAAACAUGUCACCGUCCCUAGGGUCCCCAGUAGAUGAUGCUCAGCAUCUACUGAAGAAAGACGGGCCUGGGGAACAGUUUCUUUCUGUUCCUUCACACUUCACUUGGAACAAACCAAAACCAGGCCAUACUCCCAUCUUUCGCACAUCCUCAUUGCCACCAUUAGAUUGGCCUUUACCAAACCAGUUCGGUCAAUAUGAGUUGAAGGUUGAGGUUCAUCCCAAAACUCAUCACAGAGCACACUAUGAAACGGAAGGAAGCCGAGGAGCGAUAAAGGCAGCUUCUGGAGGGCACCCUGUAGUAAAGCUUUUUGGUUACAAUGAAAAGCCAGUCAACCUACAGAUGUUCAUUGGAACAGCUGAUGAUCGCUACUUAAGGCCACAUGCCUUCUACCAGGUGCAUAGAAUCACCGGGAAAACUGUGGCUACAGCUAGCCAGGAAAUCAUCAUUGCCUGUACAAAGGUUCUCGAAAUUCCUCUUCUCCCCGAAAACAAUAUGUCAGCCAGCAUUGACUGUGCAGGAAUUUUAAAGCUUCGGAACUCGGAUAUAGAACUCCGGAAAGGCGAGACAGACAUCGGCAGGAAGAAUACCCGAGUGAGAGUCGUGUUCCGUGUGCACAUCCCACAACCCAGUGGCAAAGUUCUGUCUCUUCAGGCUCCAUCCAUUCCUAUAGAAUGUUCACAACGAUCGGCCCAGGAGCUGCCGCAGAUUGAGAAAUACAGCCUGAACAAUUGCUCAGUCAAUGGAGGAGAAGAAAUUAUUGUAACUGGUUCCAACUUUUUUCCAGAGUCUAAAGUAAUAUUUCUGGAGAAGGGACCAGAUGGUCGGCCUCAGUGGGAAGUGGAUGCAAAAAUAAUACGGGAGAAAAGUCAAGGGUCUACUAUUGUCGUUGAGGUUCCCCCCUACCACAGUAAGACAGUCACAUCUGCAGUCCAGGUGCAGUUUUAUGUGUGUAACGGCAAGAGGAAAAGAAGCCAAUCUCAAAGAUUUACAUACUUGGCAGUUUUAAUCAAACAGGAGCACAGAGAGGAGUUGGAUUUGACUGCAGUCCCUUGUAUUUCCAUCCCAAUGACUCACCCUGCCAAUGUGCCUGGUCUUCAUCCAAUCAGGACACAGCUGCCAUCACCUGACCAAGGGCAUCCUCAUGAAAGUAUGCACUGUACUUCACCAAGGGGCCUUGUCCCUUCAAUGCAGCAGCGUGCGCCAUAUGCACCUAUGGUCCCCUCUGUCGUCCAACAUAUGCCUCGCAUUCAAGGCAGAAACAUCAGCGCAGGCUCAGAUUGCCAGAUGGUCAGUCCCCCCAUGGUGCACCAGACUUUCCAGGCAUCGCCAGCUCCACCCAUGAGGCCUUCCUACCAGCCUAUGCAAGCAAACUUGAUGUACAAUGGACAAUCCGGUCUUCCCAUGAACUCUGUCUCACCACAGGGAUACGAAAGAAUACCCUUUCAGCCCGAUUCAGCUGCGUCUCAUCCUUUGGGUCUUGGGUGCCAGCCAAUGGCAUACCACUCUCUGAACCCAGGCUCCACGUCCACAUCUCCUCCCACUGCAGGGCACCCACUGGCUCACCUAUCUCAUUCUGGACAGCACUCCCCUCACUUGCAGUCAGUUGGUUAUCAUUGCGCGAAUGCGGGUCAGGUCUCUUCCCCAACAGCAGCCCACCCGGGGCUGGGGCAGCCGUCGCCUCAGCUACAGCCAAUGUCCUACCACUCUUCAAACCAGAGGUCUGCCUCGUCUCCUUCUCCAACAACACCACACCCCAUGGUGCACUCCCCUCAUUCUGGACCCUCCUCACCUCAGAUGCAUCCAUUGCCAUACCAGUCGCCCAACCGUAGGCCUGCUUCCUCUCCCUCGCCGACGUCCGCCAAUCCCAUGGUUCACCUGGCACACUCUGGGCAGCCCUCACCACAGGCACACAGUCCUGGAAUGGCAGGUCUCUCCGGGCCCAACCUGGACAUAAAGGAAGAGUCUGAUGAUGGAGAACUUACCUUCCGGUCCAUCGGCCUGCAGGACAUCACGCUCGAUGACGUCAAUGAAAUAAUAGGAAGAGACAUGUCACAGACCCCUGCCUCCCACGGGGCAGCAGCACACAGUCAAUCCUAGCCCGAGUCCCCUGGAUGUCUGGAGAUGGGAAUUCAUGAUGGAGUUGCGACAGCAGCAGUCACCUGAUCCGAAUGGCAGAUUCUCCAGCUGAAUUCAAGCUACCUGUGCCUCCUGAGAUCACCUCCUCCUCUCUACUGUGCUUCCAAUUCAGUGGCCUUUACAAACUGGAACAUUCACUCCCUGCUUUGUAUAUACUGUAUUAAAGACUUGAUCUGAGAUCUUUUGUAUUAUUUGUGUGUGUGUAGUGUAUCUAUCCAUCCAUCCAUCUGUCCAUCUAUCCAUCCAUCUCUGAAUAUCUGAUCAAGUUAUUGCAAUGCUUUUAAAACAAAGAGUUUUGUGAAAGUACUGAGAAGCAACACGUUCUCAUAUGCUGUGUUAAUAUGUGUACAUAUGGGUGGGUGGGGUGCUUUUUCUAAUCUAGUCAUGUUAAAGUAGCAUACUGUAUAUGGUAAGAGUGCUUUACAAACUUGCUUCAGCGAGGCUGUCAGAAGUCUUACAAACAUUUACAUGUAGCAGGGGGUUUAGGUUAAUGCCUCCAGUGUGUUGAUUCUCUACACCAGCAGUAAGAGAAUGGCUGUAAUGAAUGACUUGGGCUGGAUUUUGUUGUCUUUUUAAACAUCUGCUCAGGAGAGAGUUUGAGACUUGAGGAACCUCCCAGCCAUAGUCAACACACCAACAAAGAUGUCCCGAAGUGCAAAUAAAAAAAAGAUAGUUUUAACAGACAGCAAAGCCAAAUGUAGAGCUGCACUUCAUUUACUUUUUUUUUUUUUUUUUGGAGAGUCGGGGGGAGGGCUACACCAUUCCAUCUUGGAAAUGUGUUGGGAUUUGUAAAAUGCCACAUUCCAGGAUUAAGGGUUUUUAGUCUGUAGAGAUUAUAUAUAUAUAUAUAUAUAUAUAAUUUUUUUUUUUUUUUUUUCUGUACUUCAGGUAGCACAAAUGCCUUAUAAAUAUACAGAAGGAAGCUUUGAAAAUAAAUGUUACUUUUUAUAGUAGAUUUAGCUAAAGCCAUUCUUGGAUAGUUUUCAAAACUACAGUUUGCAGAGGAUUUUCAAGUUCUUAUGAAGUGUGUUAGUCACUGUUACUACUGCGUGUAAUGCAUUGAUGUUUGCAAUGGAUGCCCUGAAUCUUCUAAAACAGCCAUGCAAGAAAAAACAAAAGUAAAACAAACACACAUAAAAAAGCAAGCAAUAAACCAUUUAUCCCCAGAUCAUUUCAGAGGUACAGAGAGGGAUAGAGGUAGAAUUACGAGGUAGAAUUAUUCUAAGCCAUUUUUGAGGUCUUAACGGCAGUGGUUCAUGGUUUUAUAUUUCCCUUUAUUUUGCAUUGGUACAUUUUUAUUUGUAUUGUUAGAUCGAUCAAAGCCAUUCAAUAUGUAUCCUGAUUAACAGGAACUUUUAUAAUGUGCCUUUUAAGUUAAAUUAUAUAUAUAUAUAUAUAUAUAUAUAUAUAUAUAUAUAUAUAUAUAUAUAUAUAUAUAUAUACACACACACGAGUUGCAUAACCCCAUGCCACUUCUGUGACUUGUAUCUAAGUGGUACAUGUUUAAAUAAUGAUUAAAUGCUAAUUUUUUAACAUUAAUUGCUGAAACCUCAAGACAAUCAGUUUUAAAAAUAAAUAAACAGAACAAUAUGUGUUCUGUUUUCUUGACAAUUUAAAAAAAGAAAAUAUUUAUAAACAGAACCCUUUGCAUGCAUUCUGGUUUCACUAAACACAUUUUUUUAAUCCAUGUGUAUUUUAAGAAAAAUAUUUGUCAUUGUUGCAGAAUGUGUUCAGGGAUUAUUAAAUACCAGGUCUAUGCAGGUUUAGAUUGAUCUCCUGCCUUAUUCGUUUUAUUGAAAUCUGUUGAAAUCUGUUUUUGCAUGUGUGUGCUUUGUAAAAAUGGCUGGUGCAACCACUCCUUGGUUCUCUUUGCAAAUCCUCUGGAAUUGAGUGGUGGUAAUGCAGUACUGUACUAGAGUAUUGAUGCCUGUACAAUCAAGAAAGAAAUAGAUAUAAAAAUAAAAUAAAAACCGCUAUGCACAAAAACCUUUAUGAUGCCUUUCAAAACCCUUUGAUGCCUAGAGACUUUAGAAGCUGUUAAUGUUGCUUUGAUGUAUUGCUAAAAAUUGUUCAGUCUGUAGCUGUGGUUUUAAAUAAUAAUUACAAGCAUUUUUCUUUCUGUGUGUCUGCCUUGUAAAUAAUUCAAUACAAGGGUCUUAAUAGACUUUUUUUUUAAAUUAAUUAUUGUGUUCACGCUAAUUUGUAGAUACAAGACUGUUUAAAAAAAAAAAAAAUUAAAAAUUCUGUUUUAAUUUGAAUAGUGGAGAAGCACACAAAGUACUGACUGGGCUAUGCAAAAUGAAAUUCACAAAACCACAUUGUGAUAUUUGGUACAUAGUUGGCAUCUGUAAAAAAAAAAAAAAAAAUAUAUAUAUAUAUAUAUAUAUAUAUAAUAUUUUUUUUGUAAUCCCUAGUAAUCUGAUGCCCAGGUAAAAACAGAAAAAAUAAACUGGUUAACUUUAAGUGAUUUGUGUGAAACCUGCAACUUGGGGAAUUAAAACCAUGGCAAACAUGCCCCCACCCCCUUCAUUGUGUCAAUGGACCUGCCAUCUUUUAUAACCAAAGAUUUAAGAAAAGAAAGAAAAUACAAGUUUUACUUCCUAGUGUGAAUACAUGCUUUAAAAGUAUAUUUUUGAUACUCCAAGACGGAUGUCAUUCCUAAAGUUUCAGGCGGGGGGGGGAUCAUUAAAUGAAAAUAAUUUUAAAAAAAUAAUAAUUAAAAAUGUUUUGUAAAAACAGGAAGAGAAAUACAGGUUAAGAUAACUGUUUAGCUGAUGUUUACAGAGCCUUGUAUUGUAAUUUCAUGUACAUUUUGUAUUUUAACAUUUUGUAAUUAAGAUUGCAGUGCUAUUUGGAGAUAUACAAAGGGAAUACUUUGCAUCUUAGACUCUUAAUUUGUAGUGUUAAAAUAAAACUCAAACUGCAGAA